AAAUCCUCUCAGGUCAGACAGACGACGACCGCUCCACUUUCUCCGUGGCACCAUCAGUGCCACCCUGUUAAGCAUGCCCAUGACCUAUACGCUGGAACAAGUGAAAAGCCGCCAGUUAUAACAGUAUUGGAGAGGCAACCGCACGUAUGUGUGCCCUGUGACACUGUCUGGCCUGGAGAAUGAGACACGUUGGCUAGCGACGGUCGAGCGACAGAGCUGCGGAGGGAUCGACCAGAAGUGGACAGUUAGACAUGGGGAUUGCCAAGAGCACGGCGAAGGGUCAACAGCAAACUUUGGCCGAUGCGGACGCUCAGCUGAAAGCAAGCGAUGAUGACUUGCUGAUAGUCCUCACAGACUACCCCUCCCCAGACGUCAGUGAGCCUAUCUUCAGGAUGGGGGAAAGACUCAAAGGCCUCGCAGAAGAGGGUUCCUGGUGGAAAGUUCGGUCCUUCAAAUCAGGCCAUGACAACUACAUUCCAUGUAUCCACGUUGCGAAGAUUUACCAUGGAUGGCUGUUUGAGGGGGUGGUGAGGCAGAAGGCCGAGGAACUCCUGAGAAUGCCUGGAAACGUAGUCGGCUCUUUCAUGGUCCGAGAGAGCCCUAAAGAGAGAGGGGUCUACUCGUUGUCCGUGAAGCACAGAGCCAUCAAGCACUAUAAAAUCUUCCGCAUGGCCAACAGCUGGUACUACAUCUCCCCACGCCUCACCUUCCCAAGUCUGGAGGACAUGGUCAACCACUACUCGGACGCAGCGGACGGCCUGUGUUGCGUUCUGACGGCUCCGUGUCUGGCGUUCACAGCUAAUGCCCCGAGCACCGUCUCCCAGCCCCCACCUGUGGUCAUGCGCCACUCCAACUUCGACUGGAAGAAUGUGGACAGGUCACAGCUCCUCAACCCGGCCUCCGGGGACAACCAGCACGCCAGGGACAUGGUGAGCUACGGCGUGCGGAACAGCAUCGCCUCGUACCUGUCCCUGGCCGACUCCACCGACAGCAACAGGACCAACAACCGUAAAAAGAAGAGUAAAUCUGUCUACGUGAUGACAGAUACCAGCAGCACGCUCCACGAGGAGGACUUUGAUUACUAGCCCCUUGGAGAGAAGUUUUUCAAGGCCUUGGGGGAGACGGGGAGCAGGGUUUUGGAUGGUCUUGGGGAUUUUUUUUUUUUUUGGUACCCAAGAGGAACAGACAUUGCUUAAUCUUGGACUGGUCCAGUUAAACACACUUGACAUAUUCCGGUUCUUGAAGGAAGAGUGGGAGAGUAACGCGAGGAUGAGACCACUAUAUGCGUCCACUGUGAGGAUAGUCAGAGCCGGAAGACUGAAUGCUUUCCUUGGCAGGGUGAUUGCCUUUUAAACAAACUUGCUCUGUG